AUGCCGCUUUUCGAUCAGGAUCCCAACGGCGGCGGCCGCAACUCGCGAGCCUCCAACGUCUCUGCCAUGAGCCGAGCAUCAGGUAAACCCGUAUCGCGGGCACCCAGUGCAGACCUUCAACCUCUGAACCGCGGCGUCACGUCCAUGCUCCGCACCGAGACCGAGAUAGGCGACGUUAGCAUCGGCCGUCCUAAGUUCGACGACUUGUCUGCCAUGAGCAACGCACCACGUCCGCUGCGUUCGCGCGCGACCAGCAGGAUGUCGCAAGUUUCUUCCACGUCCAACACUUCCAGUCGGGGCAGCAAGCAGCACUUCCGUUCCUACCCCUCCUCGUCUUCUGCACCGCGCCAGCCAAUGCAACACCAUGGGCCCGUGUAUAAUGCCGACACGCUGUCUCCAACGAUGAUGAACGCCACCGGAUCAUCGCCUUUCAACAACCGAAGAGACAACCGCGACAGGGACGCGCAUCGCUCGCACUCGAUGACGAAUACCGUACAGCCCCCAGCGUACGGCCUCUCCAGCAACAGGUCUAUUCCCAGCUUGCGCCCUCGGCCAGCGUCCCGAUCUUCGAACCCAAGCCCAUACUAUGCACACCCCGCCGGGGGUGGUUCCAGGCAGCCUGUUCCAUACUCGCGAUCGGUCCAGUCCGCCCUGAGCGACGACAGCGGAGUACACUUCCAAGGGCCGCGGAGCUACGACGGUCAGCGACUGCCCUAUGCUGGCCACGCACAAGGCUACGGCAACCCAGGAUACACAAAUCAUACGUAUCGGCAGCAGCAUGCUGGACAAGGACAAGACCAACGAGGCUUCAACACCCGACAGGGCCCCGGGCAGAUGAGGACCAAGAAUCCAGCUUCUCGGUCGACGAUGAGCCUUGAAGAUCCCCCCGUGGAAGACGACGACUUUCCUCCCUACCACGCGGCUUUCGGACAACUCGUGUCUCGCAGGAUGACAGGCAACUCCGCCCGCGAGCCUCGUUCAGAAGAUCGAAGAGAGCGCAGGCGUCAGGAUGAACAUCAGCCACCUUUACCAGCCGAUCACCGCCAACGGAUCGCUGCUGAACAAGCUCGUCUCAAGAGGUCUGCGCCUGCUUCCAUGUCCAGUUUUAACACAAACUUGCGUACCGAAUCAGAGCCGCCAUCGUCCGACAUGACAAUGCCAUCAACUCCGAAAGAUGGUAGCUCCAUGGAAGUGCACCGAAACCUCGAUAGAAACAAGGUCUUCAAAGCCGCCAACCCGAACCGCCUUGUUAUUCAGGAAGAGUAUCCUUCAGUACCAUACUACAACACGAGUGACCAGCUCGGACCUGUGGCGUCUGCGGACCCAGGGACGGAUGCUGAUCCCGACGGCUUCAUAGACCGAAAGAUAACCACUGUCGAGCAGUCUCGUCAGGCUGGGGCGACAUUGAAGAACCUCGAUUCCGAUCUCGAACGCGAACGCGAAGCCGAGCGCAAAGCCCGGAAGCAUUCGCGAAAGCGACAUUGCGGAACUCCCAGCGUCCCCCGUAGCUCACCGCAUCACAAGGAAUUUGAUCCUAAGAGGUCUGGAGGCUUCAACGACGGGCGAUAUCCAGUCUUCGAUGGAGUUAGUAACCUCUUCGGGGCCAUCUCCCUCGCUCCCGAGCAAGCCUCCAUCUCCGUCAAGAAAGUCCCCCGUUCCAAGGUCUCCGACACAACCCUCAAGGCCAAAGUCUCCAACACUACAAUCAAGGCCAAAGUCUCCGAUACCAAUAUCAAGGCCAAAGUCCCCGACACCGCAAUCACUGACGACGUCUCCGACACCGCAGUCGCCGACAAAGUCGCUGACAACACGGUCGCUGACACCAAGGUCGCUGACUCCGGGGCCUCUGCCGCUGUCGAAGACCAAUGA